AUAAGCGCAGAGAUUUCUGGAAAAAAUCAGCUGGCAACACUGCAUAUGAGAGACGUAUUUUCGGAAAAUUUGUGAUUUUUUAUUUUGCUCCAGUGUAAUAAAAUCAAAUAAAUUAUAAAAUAAACAAAAAACUUAAUUAUCUAUAAGAACUCAAAACAACUUGAAGUGAAAACGAUAAUAAUGUUUAAAAUUUAACAAAUAAAAAAAUUAAUCAAUGAAAAAAUACACCCCCCACAAAUAACUACAACAACUACAAUUGUUUAGCAACAAACAACAAUAGUAGGUAUAAAUAACAACAACAAAACAAUAAUAAUUAGGAGGAGUUGGUGGUGUGGCAAAAUCUGUUUUUCAAAUAAAAAAACAAAAACAUCAACUACUAAUAAAGAGUCAACUUGACGCCAGAUUUAAUUGCUGCUGAGCUUUUUGCCAUACGAUUAUGACGGCAAAGGCCACUUCAAAUGCAAAAAUAGAAAUCAAUAAAAUAAUCGAUUUACACGAAAAAGAAAAAAUUGAAUUAAUUGAACCCACAACGGGCAAAUUAUAUUUUGAACAUAAAACGGAGUUGAUCUUCUGCAAACCCCAUUUGAUGCCCUUGAAAUCUCAAGCGCUGGAGCGUUUGGAAGAAAUGCAACGUGAUACCGCAAAACAAUUGCAAGAAAAACGUUUACGGGGCAGUAACACAACUAAAAAGAACUAAGAAAACUAU